AUGGAAAAACCAUGUACAAUUGAUAGAUUUUUUAAAAGAAAAAAUGCAAGUUUCUCAGAAGUCAAUGCUGACAAUACAUCAUUGCCAACUUCCAAUGUUAAUAUCCUUGAAAAACCUCCCAUAAAAUCUCAAAAGAUUGAUGUUAAAGAAAUUGAUAUUGGUUCAUUAGAGCGAGAUCUUAGAUUACGUAUACAGAUUUGGGAUUAUCAUGUUAAUCAACGUGAUGAAAUUCGACGAGCUUAUAUUAAGGCUGGUCCAUACCAACCUAUACUUUCAAAGUAUCCGAAAUCUGGAUCAACAACUCAUCUUCGUAGCUUUCAACUGUCAUGGUUCAAACUAUUUCCAUCAUGGUUGGAAUAUUCACCUGCAAAAGAUGCAGCUUUUUGUUUACCAUACUUUCUUUUUUAUAAACCAUGUGGAUCUGGAUAUUAUGGGCAGCAAGCAUUCACUAUUGAUGGGUUUCAGAAUUGGAAAAAAGUUAGGGAUGGAGAAAAAUGUGCUUUUUUAAAUCAUAUAGGAAAAGAUCUUAAUUCUUUUCACAAUGUUGCCAAGAGAUCAUGUGAAGACUUGAUAAAUCAAUUUCAACAUAUACAAAAGGUAUUGGACAAUUUCACUUCUGAACAAAUUGUAGAUAAUCGAUUAAGACUGAAGGUCUCAAUUGAUACAAUCCGAUUGCUUGCAUUUCAAGGUUGUGCUUUUAGACAUCGUGAUGAAAGGCCAAAUUCAAUCAAUCGUGGAAAUUUUCUUCAAAUAGUGAAAUUGUUGGGAUCAUAUAAUGAUAAUGUUGCUAAAGUAUUGGAUAAAGCUCCGAAAAAUGCCUCUUACACAUCACCAAAGAUUCAAAAAGAAAUUUUACAUAUUUUUUCAAUCAAAGUGAAGAAUGCAAUUCGUGAAGAAAUUGGUGACGUGAAGUAUUGCAUAAUUGUUGAUGAAGCUCAUGAUGAGUCAAAGAAGGAGCAAAUGGCUAUAGUUUUGAGAUUCGUUGACAAAGAUGGUUUUGUGAGAGAGCGUUUUUUUGGGCUUAUUCAUGUCUCUAACACUACUGCAUCAACCCUAAAAGAUGGAAUAUAUUCUGUAUUGUCUCAUCAAAAUUUAGAUAUUCAGAAUAUUCGAGGACAAGGAUACGAUGGUGCAAGCAAUAUGCAAGGUGAGUGGAAAGGAUUGCAAGCAUUAGUUUUGAAUGAUUGUCCAUAUGCUUAUUAUAUUCAUUGUUUUGCACAUCAUUUGCAGUUGGCUUUAGUGGCAACAUCGAAAGAUGUUAUCCCAAUUCAUAAAUUUUUUCUUAAAUUGGCUUUUGUUGUCAAUAUUGUUGGUGCCUCAUGCAAGCGCAAUGAUGAAUUGAAAGUUGGGCAAGCUGCUGAAAUUGAACAUAUGAUUGACAUUGAUGAGCUCGAGACUGCAAAGGGACUUAACCAGAUUGGCACUUUACAACGAGCUGGAGAUACUCGUUGGAGUUCUCACUUCAAGUCAGUUUCAAGCUUAAUAAAAAUAUUCAGUCCAACAUGUGAAGUUCUUCUUAACAUCAUUAAUGAAGGAGCGACUUCUGCCCAACGAGGAGAUGCAAACUCAGCUUAUGAAAUAUUGACUUCAUUUGAAUUUGUCUUUAUUUUGCAUCUCAUGAAAGAAAUGUUGGAGAUCACUGAUUUACUUUGUCACGCUUUGCAAUGCCAAUCUCAAGACAUCUUAAAUGCAAUGAAUCUAGUUUCAUCUACCAAAGCACUUCUGCAAAAGUUUAGAGAUGACAAAUGGGAUGCUUUACUAGCCAAUGUGCAAUCAUUUUGCGAGGUACGUAACAUAGAUGUCCCGAAUAUGAAUGCUCCUUAUAUUAGGAGAAGAGGUCGAGCUCGUGAUCAUCAAGAUGACUUUACAGUUGAGCAUUAUUAUCGAGUAGAUAUUUUUUAUGCUGCAAUAGAUUCUCAACUACAAGAAUUAAAUGGAUGGUUCAGUGAACAUGCAGUAGAGUUGCUUAAUCUUAGCUCAGCUCUAGAUCCUCGAGAUAUGUCUGAAACUUUGAGAAUCGACGAUAUUUGUCAGUUAGUAGAAAAUUUUUAUCUGCAAGACUUCAAAGAUCAAGAGAAAAUACAGUUGAGAAUGCAACUUCACCAUUACGAGCAUAAUGUAGUUCAGCAUGUAGAUUACAAAAAAUUGUCUACUAUUUCUGAAUUGUGUCAGUGGUUGGUAAGGACAAACAAAUCUACGAUCUAUCAACUUGUUUAUAGAGUGAUUACACUUGUUCUUACUCUUCCAGUUUCUACUGCAACUACGGAGCGAUCAUUUUCAGCCAUGAAAAUUGUCAAAAGUAGACUUCGCAACAAAAUAGAAGAUGAAUUUCUUACAGACUCUUUGCUUGUGUACAUUGAAAAGGAAAUUGCUGAAAAUUUUACCACAGAGUCAAUCAUUGAAGACUUUCGAGAUAUGAAAGACGUCGAGUUCCACUUUAAUAGAUAA